CCUCUCUCCUCAGCACCCCCUCCCCCGCGGAGCAAACGAAACGCUUUAUCGUGACAGCGAUUUAAUUAGCUUUAUUUCAUGUAAUAUCAGUCUAAGAAUCAGUAUUGGAAUGCGACUAGUAAACCGGAAGCCAGACUCUUUGCGUGUGCAAUAGCCAAUAUCGCACGAGCAGUCAUGUUUCUCCUGCACCCGCUCCUGCAGAUUUCUGUGCUGCUGGAUUCCACACUGUGGCUGACUGUCUCCGCUAGCCCUACCGACGAUAACGUACUGCGGGCUGGACAUGGAGAACACGGGGAGCCGGGGCACGAGGAACCCCAUAAGGAUUCGUACAGCACGUUCGCCUCAGAGUUCCUCGAGUCCAGAUAUCUUUCAGACGAAGGUUAUCCAUUCCCAACUGCACCUCCUGUGGAUCCAUUUGCCCGAAUCAAAGUUAGCGACUGUGGAAUAACCAAAGGAUGCAUCAGAUAUGGGAAGCCAGGCUGUGAUGCAGAGUCCUGCGACUACUUCCUGAGUUACAGACGCAUUGGCACAGAUGUGGAAUUUGAAAUGAGUGCGGACACCGAUGGCUGGGUCGCUGUUGGUUUCUCCUCUGACAAAAAAAUGGGUGGUGAUGAUGUCAUGGGCUGUGUCCAUGAUGAUAAUGGCCGUGUACGGAUCCAUCAUUUCUAUAAUGUAGGCCAGUGGGCCAAAGAAAUCAAACGCAACCCAGCGCGGGAUGAGGAGGGAAUCUUUGAAAACAACCGGGUCACGUGCCGCUUCAAGCGCCCUCUUCAUGUCGCACGAGAGGAGACCCUGGUUGACCUGCACCUUAGUUGGUACUAUCUGUUUGCCUGGGGACCUGCUAUUCAAGGUUCCAUCACAAGGCAUGACACUGACUCCCCACCGGUAUCAGAUCGCAUGAUUAGCAUCUAUAAAUACGAGGACAUUUUCAUGCCUGCCACAGCCUAUCAGACAUUCUCCUCUCCCUUUUGCCUCCUCCUCAUCGUUGCUCUUACCUUCUAUCUGCUGAUGGGUACACCAUAACCACCACAAAACAGUAAUGUUUUUGAGAAAGUGAUCUGUGGAGCCACUAUUAGCUCAACUAUGUGCCAUCAUUAACAGUAUUACCAGCGGGCAGCAAUAAACAGGGAGGCUAAGAGCAUUGUGAUUUCACAACAUCUUUAACGUAUAGUAGAUUUUGGGCUAUUGAUUUAUUUUCAGUUACAUACAGCAGUGUUAUAUUUAAAACAGACGGAGAGUCAUCUAUACACUUUAACAAUUUUAUUUUAAAACAAACAUGUAGAAAUCCAGAAUGGUAUGAUAUGCCAUUGUAGGCUCUGCUGCUUAGAGUAUUUAAAGUAAUCUGAGCCAAACUAUUGUUAUUAUUCAGUAUGCUUACUAUGGCACAUAUCAUUACACUCUACCUACUACAUAGAGUUGAAUUGCUUCCUUUUGAAUUGAUCUGCUUUUUAAAGUAGAUAUAUUAUAAAUAUAUGUUACCAAAUCCAAGUAGAGAAAUUCAUGCUGUUUGUCGGUUGUUGCCAGCGUUUCAGUAUUACUUACAAGCAUAUUAUAGUUCUGAUAAACUUUAAGACUGUGAAUUUCAGACUGAAUAUUUCACUGAUUAUUAAUGCCUAUGACUGAUUCUACAAAUUACUGCAGUAUGUAACUGAUCCACUGCACAAUCACACACAUAGUAUUCAUAUAACACCAUUGCAUUCUGUUUAGAGUAAACUUAUUGCAGCAUUACCAGUAUUUGAUUCAAUAUUGCUCAAUAUUUAAUGAUGCAUGCCAGCAAACCAGCCUCAUCUGAGCCAAUAAGAUGAUUUAGACCAGUGUUCCCUUUCUUGAAAUGAGCCAAUUCAGAGGUCACCUGGUCUACAUACAGUACCAAGGAUUAAAGACUUUAUGUUCCAGGAGCUUCAGCCUAUUGGAAAACAUGAAUAAAGUAUUUACUGCUGCUUUUACUGAUUUUUGAGGGGGGGGGGGGAAUUCUUUCCCUGAGGUAAAGUACAAUUCUCUUUAAUGAAUGCUGGUAAGAUAAUCAUGUAAUAUACGAUUCUUUGAGAAUACAGACAUUGUAUGCAGUACUACUAUUCAUAGAAAAAAAUGUCAAUGUUAUAUUUUAAUAUAUUUUCACAUGAUGACAUUAUUAUGUCAGUGUUAGGGGAUAUUCAAUAAUGAGUGUGCAUACAAAGAAGUGAGGAUUUGAAAAAGCUAUUCCUAUAUCAUUAGCACUGCAGCUAGUUAACUGUGAACUCUUACCCAGAUAGGAAGCAAAGUUGCCUGUGUUGUACGAUCCCAUAUGGUGGCGCUGAACACCAUCAUUGCGGUUUAUAAUAAAGCGCUGAAUGACUCAGA